CCCAGCGCCGAGCUGUUCUGCCCGCGCAACCACAGCCACCCACGCCCCGCCGGCUCCGACUCUCGCACACACGAGGCCACUGCUCGCUCUCCCGCCGCGACCGACCGAGCCGCCGCCAUGGACGACCUUUUCGACGUCUUCGACGGCGACAGCGGCGCGCCGACGGCGCCCAAGAAAAGCAAGAAGCGCCAGGCGAACGGCACCGUCAAGUCGCCCGUCGCCGAUGUGCCCAUGGCCGAUGCGCCCGCCGCCGGCAGCGAGCCUACGGCGACCGAGCCCGAGAACGACGCCGAGAGCAGCGCCCCGCAGUUGCCCAAGCGACAGAAGCGCGACGAGCCCGAGGCGAUUGUCACCGACGACUUCGAGACGGAGCAGACGCGCGAGGUCGCCGCCGCCGCCGGUCUGCAGGCGCAGACGGUCCCCGACGGCCAGGGCGUGGUGCUCUCGCAUCAGGUCCGCCACCAGGUCUCGCUGCCGCCCGACUACGACUACGUCCCCAUCUCCGAGCACAAGGCCCCCGCCGAGCCCGCGCGCGUGUGGCCCUUCACGCUCGACCCCUUCCAGCAGGUCUCCAUCGCCUCCAUCCAGCGCAACGAGAGCGUGCUGGUCUCGGCGCACACGUCGGCAGGAAAGACGGUCGUGGCCGAGUACGCCAUUGCACAGUGUCUGAAGAACAACCAGCGAGUCAUCUACACAAGUCCCAUCAAGGCCCUCAGCAACCAGAAGUACCGCGAGUUCAUGGCCGAGUUCGGCGACGUCGGUCUCAUGACGGGUGAUGUCACCAUCAACCCCACUGCAACAUGUCUGGUCAUGACCACCGAGAUUCUGCGCUCUAUGCUGUACCGCGGUUCGGAGAUCAUGCGCGAGGUGGCCUGGGUCGUCUUCGACGAGGUCCACUAUCUGCGUGACAAGUCGCGUGGUGUCGUCUGGGAGGAGACCAUCAUCCUGCUGCCCGACAAGGUCCGCUACGUCUUCCUGUCCGCCACCAUCCCGAACGCCAUGCAGUUCGCCGAAUGGAUCACCAAAACGCACAGCCAGCCCUGCCACGUCGUCUACACCGACUUCCGACCGACGCCUCUGCAGCACUACUUCUUCCCGAAAGGCGCCGACGGCAUCCAUCUCAUCGUCGACGAGAAGGGCGUCUUCCGCGAGGAGAACUUCCAAAAAGCCAUGACGUCCAUCGCAGACAAGGGAGGGUCCGCGGCCAACGACUUCCUGGCGAAGCGCAAGGGCAAGGGCAAGGACAAGAAGACAAACACCGGCGGCAACAAGGAGGGUUCCGACAUCUACAAGAUCGUCAAGAUGAUCAUGAUCAAGAGCUACAACCCGGUUAUUGUCUUCAGUUUCAGCAAACGAGACUGCGAGAACUACGCGCUCUCCAUGAGCCAGCUCUCAUUCAAUGACGACUCGGAGAAAGCUAUGGUUUCGAAGGUGUUCGACAGUGCCAUUGAGAUGCUGUCAGAGGAGGAUCGCGCGCUGCCUCAAAUCCAGCACAUUCUCCCCCUUCUUCGGAGAGGUAUCGGUGUCCACCACUCGGGCUUGCUGCCCAUCUUGAAGGAGACGAUCGAAAUCCUGUUCCAGGAGGGCCUCAUCAAGGUCCUGUUCGCCACAGAAACCUUCUCCAUCGGUCUGAACAUGCCGGCCAAGACUGUCGUCUUCACAAGCGUCCGCAAGUUCGACGGCGUGGCCCAGCGAUGGGUGACACCCUCCGAAUUCAUCCAGAUGUCCGGUCGUGCCGGACGUCGUGGUCUUGAUGACCGUGGUAUUGUCAUCAUGAUGAUCGACGAGCAGAUGGAUCCCGCCGUGGCAAAGGAGAUCGUUCGUGGGCAACAAGACAACCUGAACUCCGCUUUCUACCUGGGAUACAACAUGAUUCUCAAUCUCAUGCGUGUCGAGGGCAUCUCGCCAGAGUUCAUGCUGGAGCGCUGUUUCUUCCAGUUCCAAAACACCGCCGGUGUGUCAAGUCUGGAGAAGCAGCUGGCAGAGCUGGAGAACCAAAAGGCCAGCACAGCCAUCACAGACGAAGCGACAGUCAAGGACUACUACAACCUGCGACAGCAGCUCGACACCCACACCAAGGACAUGCGCGAUGUCAUCAUGCACCCCAACUACUGCCUGCAGUUCCUACAAGCUGGCCGUCUGAUCAGGAUCAAGUACAAGGACUACGACUUCGGGUGGGGUGCUGUUGUUGCCUUCACACCGCGGAGGGCGGGCAAGGGCGAGAUUCUGCAGCCGCAAGAUUCUUACGUCGUCGAUGUCCUGCUGUCAGUCGCCAGCGACAGCAAGUUCGCGCCACAGGUGAACGACGGCCUGCCACCGGGCGUCCGACCGCCAGCAUCUGGGGAGAAGGGCAAGAUAGAAGUCGUGCCGGUCCUGCUCAGCUGCAUCGAGUCAAUAGGGCAUCUUCGCGUCUUCCUGCCGAACGAGCUGAAGUCAGCCGACCAGAAGAACAGCGUGCGCAAGGCGCUGGACGAAGUCAAGAAACGCUUCCCCGACGGCAUUGCCAUCCUGGACCCCAUCGAGAACAUGAAGAUCACAGACGACAGCUUCAAGCGUCUGCUAAGGAAAAUUGAGGUCCUCGAGUCUCGUCUACUAUCAAACCCCCUCCACAACUCGCCGAGGUUACCGGAGCUGUACAGCCAGUACGCCAACAAGAUGGCGCUAUCCGACAAGAUCAAGCAGGUCAAGAAGGACAUCAACGACGCGCUCUCAGUAAUCCAGCUCGAUGAGCUCAAGAACAGGAAGCGCGUGUUGCGCCGUCUCGGGUUCAUCGACGACGCCGACGUGGUCCAGCUCAAGGCCCGUGUGGCGUGCGAGAUCAGCACCGGCGACGAGCUCGUGCUCAGCGAGCUGCUCUUCAACCGCUUCUUCAACGAGCUCACACCCGAGCAGUGCGCCGCCUGCUUGAGUUGCUUCAUCUUCGAGGAGAAGAGCACUGAGGUGCCCGCACUGAAGGAAGAGCUGGCCAAGCCCUACCGUGAGAUCCAGCAGCAGGCGCGCGUCAUUGCAAAGAUCUCGCAGGAGAGCAAGCUCACGGUCAACGAGGACGAGUACCUCAAGGCGUUCAAGUACGAGCUCAUGGAGGUUGUGUAUGCGUGGUCCAAGGGCGCCUCGUUUGCGCAGAUCUGCAAAAUGACCGACGUCUACGAAGGCAGCUUGAUCCGUCUGUUCCGCCGACUCGAGGAGCUGCUGCGGCAGAUUGCGCAGGCGUCCAAAGUCAUGGGCAGCGAGGAGCUGGAGCAGAAGUUCACGGCGGCGCUCGAGCUCGUGCGUCGCGAUCUGGUGGCCGCACAGUCCCUGUACCUCUGAUUCAGGCAGCAGACUAGCCUUGUUUGUUGGUGGCGGCGGCGAAGUGGGGCGUGUAAAUCAGUUUUGAUGUUCUCCUGGUGAGUUUGGCGCUCUUUGCGGCGUUGCGUCUCUUUAUGCAUGUAGACACGCACGCCACAGGAGCUUGAGUGUCUCGGGCGCACAAGCGUGCAUUGGCGGUGCGCACAAAAGGCGUUGCGGCGCGAUUGCUGUUUGAAUACUGUGUAGAAUCGACUAGGUCUGGCCGCCAGCGUUGCGGUGAGGAUCCCCCGA